AUGUUGCCGUCACGGCUGCUCCGAGCCCUCUGCCGGGGGCCGCUUCCGCGUAGUCCGGGCUGCCUCCGGGAUCAUGUUGGGGAUGCCAUCGAUGAUGGGGUACGCGAUGCCCAGCUCCUCGUUAAUGAGCUCGUUAGUCGAUUCUUCGUACCUGGGCAGCCGAUUAAUUAUUAUUUCUUUGUGUUGCUUUUAUUUUUAGUUCAUCCAGAGCAGCUGCCUCCAAGGCCAUGGAUUACUUUGAAAGAGCGAGACCAAAUUCUGCCCUCAGCUUCAUUCACAGUUAUGUGUUACAAUGUGUUGUGUGAUAAAUAUGCCACCCGGCAGCUCUAUGGCUACUGCCCAUCCUGGGCACUGAAUUGGGAGUACAGAAAAAAGGGAAUCAUGGAAGAAAUCGUCAACUGCGAUGCAGAUAUCAUUAGUCUGCAGGAAGUGGAAACGGAGCAAUACUUCACUCUUUUUCUGCCAGCCUUGAAAGAACGAGGAUACGAUGGAUUCUUUUCUCCGAAGUCACGUGCCAAAAUCAUGUCUGAGCAGGAGAAAAAGCAUGUGGAUGGCUGUGCUAUAUUCUUCAAAACUGAAAAAUUUUCACUGGUGCAGAAGCAUACAGUGGAGUUCAACCAGGUGGCAAUGGCUAACUCUGAAGGUUCAGAAGCUAUGUUAAAUAGAGUGAUGACAAAAGACAACAUCGGAGUUGCUGUGGUGUUAGAAGUGCACAAAGAAUUAUUUGGAGCAAGUAUUAAAUCUCUUCAUGUGGACAAACAGCUGCUCAUUGUGGCUAAUGCCCACAUGCACUGGGACCCCGAAUAUUCAGAUGUGAAACUCAUUCAGACUAUGAUGUUUGUCUCAGAACUGAAAAAUAUCCUUGAGAAAGCCUCAAGCAGGCCUGGUAGCCCAACAGCAGAUCCUAAUUCUAUUCCCCUGGUGCUUUGUGCGGAUCUUAACUCAUUGCCUGAUUCAGGUGUAGUGGAGUACUUAAGCAAUGGCAUAGUAGCUGACAACCACAAGGACUUCAAGGAGUUGCGUUACAAUGAGUGUCUCAUGAACUUCAGCGGCAGUGGAAAGAACGGGGCUUCUGAAGGAAGAAUUACACAUGGCUUCCAACUCAAGAGCGCCUAUGAAAACAACUUGAUGCCUUACACCAAUUACACUUUUGAUUUCAAAGGUGUGAUUGACUACAUUUUCUAUUCCAACACUCAUAUGAACGUGCUUGGUGUCCUGGGGCCUUUGGACCCUCAGUGGCUGGUUGAGAACAACAUCACUGGGUGUCCACACCCUCACAUCCCUUCAGACCACUUCUCACUGUUAACACAACUCGAACUCCAUCCUCCGCUCCUGCCUCUUGUCAACGGUGUGCACUUGCCUAACAGGAGGUAGUGGAGCCCUGCCCCUUUGAGGGCAAGGACCUGUUGUUAUGGACCUGUACAGUUGUAAAUCAAAGUAUAUAGGAGUGAAGUAUGGCCAACCUUAAGCUGCUUCUUCAAGCUCCUUUCCUUAUGUGUUUGAUAUGAGAUUUUGCACAUUUUGGUGCAUACUGGUAUCAUUUGGCACUAGGGCUGGAACCAAAGUAUUAUUCCCUUUCCAGGUUUUUAAUUUAAUUUUUUUUUUUUAACUGGCAAGUUUUUUCUUUUUGGUAAGAAGCUGCACUUAGAAAUGGACAAAUGAGAUUAAAAACUUACAUAUUAACAUAUUUAAAGGUAAUGCUUUUUUUUCCAGAACAUGGUAAAAUGAGCCAACCUUUUAGGAGAAAAGCCUUUUAGAAAAAAAAAAACAAGAAUAGAAGUGAUUGCUUUGUAGGAAGAACAUUAGAAAUUCUGUUUGAACCCAAAGUGAAGACUGAGCUCUGUGUCCAAAAUAAAUUUUGCACAUUAGCAAAGCACUUAAUACCUGACUAUAAAUUAUUAGCAAUGUGGCCCUGCCCAUUAUCUAAUACUAGAAAACCAAAGAUGGCUUCAUAUCUGCGAAAAAAUUUGAGGUCUAAAUUCUGAUGCAAUUCCGUUUACAACCAAAAUUCCAAUGAACCUACUUCUCACGAGAAUCCAUACGUGAGCAUUGCAUGCCAUUACGGAGUGCUUGCUUGGCAGACGUGACAGUAACCUUGUUUUGGAGCUCUGAAGAGCCUGAUUCUUUCUGGGUAAGGUGUUCAGGAAUCCAAACAGUCUCUGCUUUGGCAAGCCAAGACAACAUGCUGGUCAGCAGAAUAGUUCGGGAGCAGGAUUUGGAAAGGAUUUGCACUUAAAGCAAGCCAUUGCAAGUCUUUGAGAAUGGAGAAGUUCCAGAUCUGCUCUAGGUUCCCUUUUCCAAAGGUCUUUUGCAAAGAUUAGAGGCAUUGGGUGAACUGGUUAUGCUUAGGGUACAGGAAAAAGCUGCUGGAAAUGAUCACACUUCUGUCUCCACAGCACGUGUGAAGCAGCCUUUCCACAGGGGGAAGAGAGUGGUAGCUGUUAUCAUUCCCUGCAUUAUUUUUCCUGACCCUAGUUGCCAAAUUGCCGUCAGAUGUUUUGAGUAAUCUUUCAUUUCUGUUGUUGGUCAGGGUUGAAUUAAAAACCUUCUGGUUCAUUCUCAGCUGUUAAUGCUCUUGAGACGUGUCAGAAAUCCUUUUUUUCUUUUUAUGCUCUUGGUGGCCAGUUCCAAAUCUUUGCCUCAAGGGGCAUUAAACUUUAUGUAGUUUUCUGGAAGAAAAUUGGUUGGCUGCUUAAUGUUAAAAGAAAAAUGGCACAGUAAUAGGAAAAGGUUGUGUCUGUGUUUUUAAGUUUUUCUUUAUUCUGCUUUUUUGCUGCUAUAAGAUUUUCUUGAAUUUAUAUUUUAAACUUUUCAUGCACUUUACUGUUUCUAGUCUCAAAAUGUGAUAUUUUUAAUAAAUGAAAAAUUUUCCAUUAUCUGAAUGCAAUUUUUAAACAGAUUGAUAGCCUAUAUUUAUGUCUCAUUCGUAUACUUAAAAGUCAAAUUUAAAUUGUUAAAUAAUUAGUUUAAAUGCUAAGGAGCCAUCUUCUGUCUCUCAGAACUGACAAGUCAGGCUGUUCCUCUACUCUUUGAUACUCCGUUUCCUUUGUUGUUUUGUAUGUAGGAAAUUAUCCAUAGGAAAAAUCAAUUGGACCCAGAGUAGAAGUAUUCCCUGACUUCUGCUGAGGGGGACGGGACAGGAGUGGGGCAGAAUGCUGAGAUGAGUUCAGUGAAAAGACAGCUCCCUUUUAAAGAAGUGCCUAAAACUGGAGACGUCAUCUAUUGUCUGAUACAAAUUGGAAAUUACCAUCGCUGAGUGAAAUUAACGGAUGUAAAUUGCUUUGUGCAGCACCAAAAAAGCCCUUUCUAAAGAAUUUUCCUCUAGGUGCAGGUAUCUCCUUUUUAAUAUACCUCAGCGUUCAACACCUAGCCAUGCAGGUAAAUUGAGACAGCAAUUGAGUAUAGUACUGGAAAGUAGAAUAGCAUGAAAAACUUAAUUUUGUGGACAUUACCUUUCUGUAAUCAGCUACUGUAUCUCUUCUGGAGGGGUUCUCUGCUCUGGAGGUGUGCACUAACAACCAUUCUCCUCCUGUCCUGCACGCAUGUUAACUAGCAACGUGAGCAAUAGUUCCACCAUACUUCACUCCCAAUAUUUUUUGAGAUGUUUGUAUAAAAUGGAAUUUAAAGUUCACCUAUGAUUGUAUAUGAACUGCAGAGGAGCCCAUUUAUUAAUAAAAAGAAAAAACGGCAACAAUCUUUUGUAAUAUCAGGGUGGGAGAGGGUGGGGUGAAACAACAGCACCUGGUAAACAUUAUAAACCGCUAUGUUGUACUUUCCUUGGCUUUAUAACUGACUGAAGUGUUCUGUUGCAGGAAGGUGUUUAAUUGGAUUUUCUCUGCUUCAAAAUGCACUUCAGAACCUUCAUUAUGCUGUGUGAUUUUUAAAAUGCUGUUUAAACAGAUGUUGCACAGAACCUCUGGAUUUUAAAAAAAUCUCUAGAACUCUGUUUUUGUUUCAGUCGAUGCACAUAACCAGGGCAUGUUUACCCACCUCACACAUGCCUGGCUCCCUCCCUCUUUUCCUCUGGUUUCUCCCCCUUUCCUACAAAAGGAGCAGUAAGGGGUUGUGCUUUUUUUCCAGCUGAGUAGAACUGCUGCUCUUCAUAGAGCUCUGCCCUGAGACAAGAAGAAGCAUGGAGCCAUCAGCCAAGAGCCACUUGCGUGGGAUGAGAUCUGUUUCACAAUCAUCUGCAGCAUCCAGAUGGUGACACUCAUUUUCUUUUGACCCAGAUAGAGGCUGACAGUGCCUCCUAGGGUAUGUUAUAGGGGAGAGGGAGGGAAGUAAUAGAGAUCAAAAUAUCCCUAACUGUAAACACAUUAAUGGGAAACCAGUGGUUCUCUUGUUUCCCAUGCUUAGGCACUGGGCACCUCACAGUGCCCUCACCACCCGUGCUUAGGAAAAAGCCCUCAGCCCCUUCCUGCUCCUUGCUUUCUUGGUUGGGUUUCAAUGAUAUCGUGCCUGGUGUCAACUUCUAAGCAGCAGCACUGCCUAAAGCAAGCAGAGAAAAAAAAUCCAGCACCAUUCUACAAGCAACUUUUUAAAAUUCAAUAUGGUAAAUCUGUUAGAUAUGGGGUUUUGUGUGUGUAUAUAUAUAUAUAUAUAUAUAUAUAAAAGAGAAUUUUGUACAUUGUAGCUGAAUAUUUUGGUUUCCUUAUUUUGAUGUAAGGGGUGUGAACAUUUGCGUACCAUGCGCUGAAGUCAGGUUUGGCACAAUGGGCUUUGAAAGCAGCUCUUCUUCCCAUUGGCCUCGUUAAAAGCUUUUUGCAUCGGUCUUUCACAUCUAUAUUCAGAAAAUACUUCAUUUUAUCCAUAAGCUUUCUAUGUGUGUUUGAAGCCACUCUCUUCUGUCUGCAGAACCUUUCAGAAAAGUUCUUGUUGGUCUCAACCCCUUGCUGUCCUGUGUUUUACCAACUAUAUAGCCCAGAGUUUUGGAGCCAAACCUGUUGAGGAGUUUUUGCCACUGACCUUUCAGAACCAUUCCGUGGUGUUUAGAGCUGUGACAGUGCCGUGGACCACUGGGGCCUCCCACUUUGCAGCUUUGCUGUGGGGUCUCCUAAACUCAUGCCCAAUCCGUGCUUGUGCACCCAGAGCCCGUGGCCUGGUUUACAAAGGUGCCGAGCACUCGCAGCUUCCAAAUCCCGAAUACAGGGCUGGAUUUCUUAUGGUCUAUCAGCGUGGCUUUCGAGGGCCAGCUUUUCUUACCUAGCUUGGGUUUGAAGUGCAAGGAAGCAUUGGAGAUGUGGAAAGUUCACAUCACUUGUUCUCUACGAGGUGGCUAAAAGCCCUUCAGAGGUUCCUAGAGCACAAGCACAGUAAUGAUGCCUUCCUGGUAGGAGCAGGGCUGACAGUCCUUCAUGUGAAAGAUCAGAUUUAAGCCCAGUCAUGCACUCUUCGUUUUUCCCGAUGUGUUUUAAGUUUCUUGCUUGAAAACUUUCCCUUGGCAUGAAAUUUAACAUAGUGGGAUGAUGUGAAAGAUUUUUUUAAUUCUAUCCACACCAAGUCAAUAGCCUGCAAGAGAAAGAACACGAAAGUGCAAUCUGCACCCUUACCUGGGUGUGAGAGGGAAUAGCAGUUGUUAUCCCCUGGUGACCUCCGCUUUGUGCUUAAUUACCAUUUGCCUGUUCUUGGCUGCUAUGCAUUUCUUAACAGACGUUUUUCUUGUAAUGAUAAUAAAGACCAAAGGCCAAAUUGAACAUAAGGAAUGAUGCUUUCCCUGUCGCACCUCUUCGACAGACACUCCUUACAGCCCCUCGACACGAUAGCAAAGUGCUAGAAGUGUCUCACUGUUUUACAUCGGCUUGUUGUUCUUUUGCAAUGGAUCCAGGGUUUUUUUGGUAAUAAUCACAGAAUUCCUUUCCUCACUUCAUGCCAGUAUAGCAGAUGGUGUUGCAUGUAGGUGGAUUUGAAGGGGACAGACUUCAGAGCCUGCUGUGUGCUACGUUACUGCUAAUUGACAGGGGAAGAGAAAGGGAAAGGAAGGGAAUGGAAAAGGGAAAGGAAUCUGCUGAAGCUCACAUUAGCUUCAGAAUUGGGAAGAUUUUGACUGUCAGAUUUCCUAUGCCUGAAAAGGAUCCGAACUGCUUGGUUGCAGAGUUUUAUACAGAUGAGAGACUGGAAAAUAAAUGUACGCUAUGUGCAGAGGGGUUUGGAUUUUUCUAAGAUAUGUUCUUAUUAGCUGAAUCUCUUCAUAUCAUAACGAGGAAAGGCAUCUUGGAUUAUGCAGCUCAUCUUUUUUUUUUAAAUGAGUACAGAAGUAUUGUAGCACACCCUCCCUUUAUCUCCCUUCAGUGUUCAAAAGCAGCAUAAAACCCAAGAAGACCAGAUGAAAACCAUUCAUUUCCUACAUUUCUAUGCCAAGUGUCAGCCCAGAAAGCACUUUAAGGUUAAAAAUCAAUUUCAAAGGAGAUUGUAAAGCUUUAGAUACAGGCAAAGCCAUAGGUGACAUAGUAUCUCCUCUUGUGAUAAUAUUUGCACCGAUACUGACCACAGGUUUUCUGUUCUGAGAAAUGGAGCUGGGACAAAAGGCAGAGCUGGUGAGAUAGGCACAGGUAUGACACAUUCAGAAAAGUGACAAAAUUGCACCAUCAAGAAAGUGACAAAACUAGCACCUUUUAAGGACUCGAGAAAAGUCAUUUGACUCUAUGAUGGGUCUUCAGAUGUGACAAAGUUUGCAGAUUUGGCUGUAUUGGAAGGUGAUGGACUUCAGGAGUAGUUCCUUGACAUAUGUCUGAAAAUAAACAGGAAGCUAGAGCUAGAGCUCGUGCACUUUGGUACAGGGUUUUUCAAGCAUCAUUGAUGGCAAAGCAUGCCAAGUGACAUGACUCCUUCCUUCCCCCAGUCCUGCAAUAAUACAAGGUAUUUAGCUUAGAAAACCUCUCACUGGUGAGGGUGAGGGUUUGAGUGAUUCUGGUACUUGGUCUUGUUCUCUUUGUUGAACAGUUUCUAAAACUUAGGCAUUUACCAAAUUUGCGUUUGUCUGUAUUUGUCUUUGUUCCAAAGCAAAAAAGAAAUCAUGGUGGCUCUCUUUACAAGUGACAUAUUACAUGACUUUGGCUUUGUUUUCAAUUUUUAAUUAUUGCAUCAUGUGUUUCCUUUUGAAGCAAUUAAAGUGUUUGUGUGCACCACUUUA